AUGACCGCGGGUAGUUUGGGAUACAAAACCACCGAUCAAGCUCUUCUAUUGUCAGCUAUAGCUGUGACUAGCAGUAUUGGAGUCGGAAUAUGGUUCUUGCAGUUAUUCCUUCUGGCAUAUCACAUUCCGGCCAUAAGGCUUUACCCUUCGUUUGUGGUCGUAGAUAAACAGAGAUUGAGUUACAAUGCAGGUGCAUCAUGGAAGAAACAAAAGACAUUUUUAAAGCAGUUUAAAAAUCCAUGUUGGUAUGAAGAAUCGGAAGGAAAAGUGAGCUGCCUUCCUUAUUUUCACCUCUUUGGUGCCUGCAAAAGUGGAACUACUGAUCUCUUCUAUCGGAUUACUCAACAUCCGCAUAUACUAAAGAACAAGGGCAUUAUGGGAAAAGAAACUUGGUUCUGGAGCUGGCGUCGAUACGGCAACGGGAAUAUGCCCGGAGGCACAAUGUAUUUGAGCCAAUUCACUAAACUGUUCGAUUCCGAGUCGAUAUCUCGAGAUAAAAUGUUACGCUCGGAUGGAUCUCCCUACCACCACCUUAUCACAGGGCAUGGUGAACCGAUGGAUCUCUGGGACCAAUCAUACUGGAAACUAAUUCCUCAGAAUGACCCCGAAGGGAAGGAGCCUAAUAUAACCACACCCUUCCUCAUCAAAUAUGUCAAUCCAUCAAUCAAACUUAUACUAAUUCUCAGGAAUCCGGUAGAGAGGUUAUACAGUCACUACCUCCAUGGUAACUAUGGUAACAACACGGAUCAGUUUCACAUGGACGUUUUACAAACCAUUAGAGACUUACAAGCGUGUCAAAAGAACCGCACAUUGAGAUCAUGUCUGUAUGACCAGGACCAUAAGGAGAAAUUCAAGGUGCCAAUAUCUGCCAGCUUAUAUCAUGUACAUCUCCAGGAAUGGCUGAAGGUUUUUUCACGACAUCAACUUCACAUCAUACGGAGCGAAGACUACAGAGCAAACAUUUCUCGUACAUUACAGGAUGUCUUCUCGUUUCUAAAUGUCGACAAUGCAGAUAAUGUGUUCAUGCAGUAG